CUCCUCGAUAUAGUGAAACUGGCUCUCUCUCACCCGUGGACGUAGCUAACACACAUCGUGUUAGUGAACCACGUAAAUCGUGUGUCGGGUUUUCGAUUCUCGCUUUCGUAUUCUUGCUUUGUCGAUUCCUGCGAUUUCCUGAUCCGUAGCAGCGCGUUUAUAACAAGUGGUAUCAGAGCCGCGGUUGGAAAUCAGGCUAGGGUUUUUCGAUUCAGAAGAAUGACGUCGGUGAACAUGAAGAUCGAAAAGUUCACGGGGAAGAACAGCUUCGCUAUAUGGCAGAUCAAGAUGCAGGCUUUAUUAAAACAGCAAGGGAUGUGGGGGCCGCUGUCUGCGAAACAGAAGAAGGCAGCGGUCGAUGACGAUGAGUGGAAUACCCUGGAGGAGAAGGCCCACUCGACCAUCAUGCUAUCGUUGUCUGAUGACGUCAUCAUUGAAGUCGCUGCUGAGAAGACUGCCGCGGGCUUGUGGUUAAAGUUGGAGAGUCUGUAUAUGACGAAGUCCUUAACCAACAAGCUGCAUCUCAAGCAACGGUUGUUCAGCUUGAGGAUGCAAGAAGGUACGCCUUUGAGGGAACAUCUCGAACAGCUUAACUCUAUUUUGCUGGAUCUGCGUAAUAUAGAUGUUCAAGUUGAUGACGAGGAUGCUGCCCUAAUCCUACUGGUUUCUUUGCCGAGUUCAUAUGAGAAUUUCGUUGAUUCUUUUAUUGCUGGUAAAGAAAGCGUGUCGUUGGAGGAUGUCAGGUCUGCUCUUCAUACGAGAGAGAUCAGACAUAAGGCGUCCGGAUCUGGUACAGGUGGUGAGGCAUCGGGUUUGGCUGUUACAGGUGGAAAGGGAAGGAAGAAAUCUGGUAAAGGGAAUUCGAAUAAGAAUUCCAAGGGUCCCGGUCCACAGCCAGGUGAUGCUUGUCACAACUGUAAGGAAGUGGGGCAUUGGAAGUACAACUGUCCCAAGAGGAGAGGGCAACAGAAGAAACAAGGUUCAGUUGCCGUGGCAGAAGUGGACAACAGUUCAGAAGACAAUCUCGCCUUGGCUGUAGAUGAGAAGGCACAUCGUGGUGAUGUGUGGUUUCUAGAUACUGCAGCCUCAUACCAUAUGUCUCCGAACAGGGAUUGCUUCACAACCUACGAGCAGAUAGAUGGUGGUAACGUGGUCAUGGCAAAUGGUGCUGUCUGCAAGGUUGUUGGAAUCGGGUCCAUAAAGGUUCGGACACAUGAUGGUUCGUUCUGUACCGUGAAUGAUGUCAGGCAUGUUCCACGAAUGACAAAGAACCUGAUCUCCUUGAGUCUACUCGACAGCAAGGGUUUCAGUUUCAAAGGAAAAGGUGGAGUUGUGUAUGUCUACAAAGGUUCAAGGAUGGUGCUGAAGGGCGUGAAGCGUGGGACCUUGUAUGCAUUACAAGGGUCUGUGUUGUCUGGUUCUGCUGCCGUUGCAUCGUCUCAGGUUCAUCAGGAAGAUAUGACCACUCUCUGGCACAUGAGACUGGGGCAUAUGAGUGAACGGGGGAUGCAAUUUCUGUCGAAGAGGGAUCUUCUUUGUGGGCACAGGAUGCAGAAUUUGGAAUUCUGCGAGCAUUGUGUGUUUGGGAAGCUACAUCGCAGCAAGUUUCCCAAGAAGGGUAUCCACCGGACGAAAGGGAUACUAGAUUACCUCCACUCCGACUGUUGGGGUCCUUCACGAGUUGAAUCCAUUGGAGGCAGCAGGUAUUUUCUGUCUAUUAUUGAUGAUUAUUCGAGAUUUACUUGGAUUUUCAUGAUGAAGCAGAAAAGUGAGGCUUUCACGAAGUUCAAGCAGUGGAAGACAUUAGUGCAGAAUCAGACCGGUAAGAAGAUCAAGAAGCUGCGAACGGACAAUGGUCUGGAGUUCUGUAGUUCUGAGUUCAACGAAUUCUGCAAGGAUGAAGGGAUUGCCCGUCAUCGGACUGUGAGAGAUACACCCCAACAGAAUGGCAUUGCAGAAAGGAUGAACCAGACAUUGUUAGAGAGAGCACGGUGCAUGCUCUCUAAUGCUGGACUAGAGAGAAGAUUCUGGGCAGAAGCAGUGAACAUGGCGUGCUUCCUGAUCAACCGUGGACCUCACACAGGUAUCGAGUUGAAGACUCCUUAUGAGGUGUGGUAUGGUAAGCCUGCGGAUUACUCUUCCCUGAAAGUUUUUGGGUGUCCUGUUUAUUAUCAUGUGGAUGAGGGUAAACUGAACCCAAGGGCAAAGAAGGGUGUAUUUGUGGGUUACGGAGAUGGAGUUAAGGGAUUUCGAGUCUGGUCACCUUCUGAGCAUCGAGUUAUACUCAGUAGAAAUGUGAUAUUUGAUGAGAAGUCUAUGUUUAACCCCAUGUUGAAGGUUACUGUUGUUGAAGGUAGCAGGAAUGUUGAUAAGCAGGUGGAGCUGCAAACUCUCAAUGAGAGUGAGUUUGAGCACCAAGGUGGAGAAGAUCAACAUGAUGAGGAUGUCUCUGCAGAGCCAGAAACUUCAAAGUCCGGUGCACGAGCUCAACAGUCUAUUGCUUCCGGUAGACCGAAGAGAGCGACUGCAGGAGUACCUCCACAGAGGUAUGGUUUCGAGGACAUGGUGGCGUAUUCAUUUCAGGUUGCUGAAGAAGUGGAUGCAGGAGAGCCACAGUCCUAUAGAGAAGCCGUUUCGGGUGGCGAAGCUGAUCAGUGGCUUGCCGCAAUGGGAGAUGAGAUGGAAUCCCAUGACAGAAAUCAGACUUGGGAGCUAGUCAUACGACCACAGGGAAGGAAGAUUGUUACAAACAAGUGGAUCUACAAGAAGAAGGAAGGAAUCACUUCUAAAGAGGGCAUGAAAUUUAAAGAUCGGGUGGUUGCACGAGGCUUCUCGCAGAGGGAAGGAGUUGACUACAAUGUGAUUUUCUCACCAGUGGUCAGACAUACUUCGAUCAGAGUGGUACUAGCAAUAGUGGCACAUUAUGACUUGGAGCUCGAGCAGCUAGACGUGAAGACAGCUUUCCUACAUGGAGAGUUGGAGGAAGAAAUUUACAUGACUCAGCCAGAAGGAUUCGAGGUUCCUGGAAAAGAAGACUAUGUUUGUAAGCUGAAGAAGUCCUUGUAUGGACUUAAGCAGUCUCCGAGGCAGUGGUACAAGAGAUUUGACAGUUACAUGCUUGAGCUGGGCUACAGCAGAAGUCCAUAUGAUUGUUGUGUAUAUCACAGCAAGGCAGAGGAUGGUUCGAUGAUAUAUCUUGUUCUGUAUGUGGAUGAUAUGCUCAUAGCCGCGAGGUCGAGGUCUGAUAUCCAGAAGUUAAAGGGGCUUCUUAGUGCUGAGUUUGAGAUGAAGGAUUUGGGAGCUGCUCAGAAGAUUUUGGGUAUGGAGAUUUACAGGGACAGGUCGAAGAAGAAGCUUUUCUUGUCACGGAAGAGCUACAUCCAGAAGAUAUUGUCGAGGUUUGGCAUGUCUUCAGCAAAGCCCUUAAAUACUCCUAGUGCUUCAAAUGUUCAUCUAUCCACAGCGUAUGCACCGCAGUCAGAGGCUGAGAAGGAGUACAUGUCAAGAGUCCCAUAUGCUAGUGCAGUAGGUAGCUUGAUGUACGCUAUGGUAUGCACUAGACCUGAUCUUGCACAUGCUGUUAGUGUUGUCAGCAGGUUUAUGAUACAACCUGGGAAGGAGCAUUGGCAGGCUGUGAAGAGGAUCUUCCGGUACCUUAAGGGUACACCUGAUGUGGGGAUUAGCUUCGGAAGUGAUACAGAGUGCUUGGUGUCUGGGUAUUCUGACUCGGACUAUGCUGGAGAUGUUGACACGAGGAGAUCGAUGACCGAUUAUGUAUUCACUCUUGGGAGUUCUGUAGUGAGCUGGAAGGCAACUUUGCAGUCGGCGGUGACAUUGUCUACUACUGAGGCAGAGUAUAUGGAGUUGACAGAAGCUGCUAAGGAGGGAAUAUGGUUGAAGGGACUGGUUGGUGAUCUGGGUCUACAUCAUGAUCAGGCAGUGGUGUUUUGCGACAGUUUGAGUGCAAUAUGCUUGGCCAAGGAUCAAGUCCACCAUGAGAGGACUAAGCACAUUGAUGUGAGGUAUCAUUUCUUGAGGACAGAGAAGAGGAUUAAGGUGAAGAAGGUUGGCACCGCGGAUAAUCCUGCUGAUAUGUUCACGAAGCCGGUUCCACAUGGCAAGUUCCAACACUGCUUGGACUUGCUGAAUGUCUUGAGUGGGUGACUCCGCCCUGCGGGGCAUUGAUGGCGGGAGAGAGAUAGAAGGAGCAGAGUACAUCAGAGAUUUUAGAGGAAGAGGAUUCAAGUCAAGGUGGAGAUUUGUUGAUAUGACUUGAAUCGGACUAUCAGCCGCUACGACUGGUAAUCGGAGGUCUCGCUGCCCGGUGUAUGAGCUCAAUGUUAUUUGGGUUCGGGUUCUGGGCCUGGUCUGUAACCGUUUCCUUUGCCAGAUUGGAUUAGGUUUAGACCCACAUGGAGAAGUACUAUAAAUACUUCUCAUACUCCUCUGUAAUCUGUAAUCUCCUCGAUAUAGUGAAACUGGCUCUCUCUCGCCCGUGGACGUAGCUAACACACAUCGUGUUAGUGAACCACGUAAAUUGUGUGUCGUGUUUUUGAUUCUCGCUUUCGUAUUCUUGCUUUGUCGAUUCCUGCGAUUUCCCGAUCCGUAGCAGCGCGUUUAUAACAAGUGUCAUAUAGGUGAUGCUGAUAGUGACACUUCUCGAGACAAGUCAAACUGUCCUAAUUGUUACAAAUUAGUCACAACAUUACAAAAUGUCAUAGCUUGUCCUAAUAAUAACAUUUUUUUCUAAGGAUAUGUCAAUGUGUCGCCAUAAUUGAAAUUUGAUACAAAUAAUAACAUUUCUCAGAACAUUCUAAAGUGGUUCUUCAACAUAUAAACAACUAGCAAAUCCAUUAUACCUACAUGGUUCUUCAACGUCCAGGACUGCUACUUGUAGGAGAAAAUUGCUGACCAAUAUCACCUAUUAUGAUUUUUCAGUCUUUUAUGUCUAUUAAUUAAUCAAGGACGGUUAACAUGAGCACUUCUACUAUACUUUAAAGUAUUGGUGAUUUAAAGUACAAUUUCAAGUUGUACCACAACGUUAAAGGUACAAGUUAGAGUUGUACCAUAAGGAAAUUUGAUCUUUAUGUUGUGGUACAACUUCAACUCUUCAAAUUGUACCAUAACUUAAAUGUACAACUUUAAUUUGUACCAUAAAGAGAUUUUACAAAAAAGUAUAGGUACAACCUAAAAUUGUACCAUAAAAAAAAAAAAUUAAAACACCAAUACUUUAAUGUAUUGUAAAAUUUCUGCCGUUAACAUUGGGGUUAAUAAUAUGCUAAACAUAUUAGGCAUAAGUUAGGAACCAGUCCCCCCCUGAAUAAUUCAGAAGAGAUGCAGGGAGCAAUUAGGCAAAACAUUAACGUCGGCAAGCAUGCACUAAUUCGGCAAAGACCAGCAGCGUCUACAGCGGCUAGCUCGACACCUCAUCGGCAGAACCCUUUUGUCCUUUGGCUAAAAACACUGAAACAUGCAAAGAUCUUACUUUAGAUCUCCUUGUCAGGAAGGCAAAGGCAGGUGACGAAACGCCAUUACAGAUAUAUAGAAACCCCAGAAAAGAGGCCCCUAUCAUUUCUAGCUAGCUACCCUUAUAAGCUCUCCCUACACACACACACAAAAAAAAAAAAACCAAAAGAUAAAACAAGUUUCGCCCCGUUUCAUAAUUAAUGUGUAUUUGUAUCGAAUUAUCAAGAACCAGUUGAUUUCAAUAAUUCAAGUUGUUGGGAGAGAUUCAAUUUUAAUUAAUAUACUAUGGGGUCAUCGGGAUUCGAAUAGGAGAUCUCUCAAUCACAGAAGGCUCUGAUAUCAUAUCAAGAACCAGUUAAUCCCAAUAACUCGAGUUGUUGAGAGAUGUUCAAUCGUGUUUCAUAUACCAUUUACUAACACCAAUUACCCUACUGCAUAUUUGCCUCAUGCUGUGAGAGGGGACAAUAGAGCCCUUAUUUGUGGUACACCACUGGCCUUGCGUAUCAAGGGGGAAAGAGGGAAGGAGAUGCGUAUCAAACCCUAGAUUGGAAAUCAUAUCUUUUAGUUUCUUCUCCAGAACAAUUCACCAAUCUUCUCAGUCAUCCUCUCAUCAUCUCGCCCAUGGAAUCAUUGCUGCUGGUUUCGUCAAUUUCUUCUAGGCAGUUUAUAUAUAUUUUUAUUAUUUUGUUGUAAUGGAUAAGGAAAUUGACAAUGAAAGAAAGCAAAAAAUACAUAGAUUUUUCGUUGUUUAUUAAGAUGAAGUGUUUUAGCUAACCCACGUGGCACGAGUGACCGGUUUCGGUAUAUUUGAGUAAAUACAUAUUUCAAAAAUUGAGAAGACAUUUAUAGCACAUGCUCUAGAUGGUCUAACCCUAGCUAAUCCAACAUGGAAAGGAAUAUGUUACAGACCGGACCCAAAAGUAAAACAAAUGUGUAUAUAAGCACCCAUACACCGUGGAUUUAGGCAUUACCCUGAACCCUCAAAUCGAGCACUUCAACAGAAGAUAAUUUGUCUUCAAGUGGACAACAAAUAAUAUGUCUUCAAGUCAUAUCAAUUGUUUUUUUAAUCAAACAAGGAUGGGAUGUAUGUAGCGACCUGCAAGAAAUUGGGCAAAAAUUUCAUUAGAUACAUAUGCUUUAGUAUGAUCCUUCAAGUUUAGUACCUAUACUUUUAUAGGUACUAGAUGUACAUAAAAACCCAAUCAACUCAAAGUCUAUUAAGUAUAGACUUUAGUAUUAUUAAUUUUUUUAUACGCUGUCAACUUAAACUCUGGCUAAAGCACUGUAACCAACCAUUGAACUUGGCUUUACUUUAGUAUAAUUCAUGGGAACAUAAACCAAUAGUCAAUCACCUCAUGGUCAUGGAGCUGUUUGUCUACUCCAAUCAAAACCCUAGGCAUUGAAGUCGAGGGGAAUAAUGGCAAUGGGAGAUGCUGAAAAUGAUAAGAGACAAAGACCCAAAAUACAGUGGUGUGAGAUUCUUGGCAUGCCAUCAUGGAAAUGGUGGAUCGUGGCACCGAAGCACUUGUUGUUGGCUCUGCUGUAUUAUAUAUAGUGGGUAUCCACAACUCCAUUUGGAUCCAUCCUAACCACUACAUUAUUGUCCUAGCUUAGCUACCCUCUUUACUCGUGUUAGGCUGCUGUGGGUUUGGGGACGUUGGAUGGUGAUAUAUAUCUACAUGGCAUGGCAAUGUUGGUCACUAGUAAUUAAAUCAUGUUGACUAUAUCUACACAGACAUUAGCAAAUGUCGGAGAUUAUAAUCAUGUCCUUGAUUAUGCCAUUUGAGUGUCCUAUGUUGUAAGACACCUAAUUGUUUGGUACAAGAUGGUUCUCAUCAAUGUCUAAGGGUAUCCCUAUGCAAAAGUUUGCACGCAUUUGUGAAAGAGGAUGUAACCUAGCAAUUGGUCUGUUGCGGGGAACGACUUGGAGGUUUCAGGUCUGAAUUCACUUGUAGUGUGUUGGGUUCCUUCUCUGCUAGCACCUUGUACGUAUGUUCGGCUAUCAAUGAUCCCGGGUCGAUUAUCAGUGGCCCCAGAGUUUAACUUGCUUUGUAGUCAUGUUGGUGGUUACCAAAUGCAAAUUUUCUCAAACUAAUAGGUUAAAACGAUCGAACUCAAAAGCAUACAACACGCAGACCCAUAUCCUUUCCUACGUUUCAUACUAUUACACAUUACCGGCCAGCCUCAACAUGCAUCGAAGCAUAUAUCAAAGGCCAUCGUCUGGUCUUCUUUUGACUACGAAAUCAGUUGAUCUCAAUAAGUCAACUCGUUGAAAGAUGUUCAAUAAUGAAUCAUAUAUCGUUUAUUAAUAAUACCCUCUCAAACGAAAGCCAACUCAUAAGAGUUUGAAGUUAGCAAAAGUAUCAAAAUACCAUGUGUGAGGUCACUAACAUUCAAACAGAAGAUCUUUCAAAUACAAAGGCUCUUAUAUAAGGUGAAAACCCACCUUAUUUCUCACCACCACCUGUCACAUGACCCGGCCUCUUGGCAGUACAUGAUGUCAAAUUGUCAAUACAUGCACGUACAUGUGUAGCAUGCAUCCUUUCCAUAUCAAAGCGCAAAACACAUUAUUGAUACGUACGCAUGUUGUACAGAUGGUCACCGAUGAAUUGUGUUAGUACAAGAAGAGCUAAAUAAGGUGACUGACCACGCUCGAUGUACAUGGUAAAUAUGGGUGUGGUAACUUUUUACAUGCAAAAACGUGCGCAUGCAUGCAUAUACAUAUACAUUGAAGAAUCUGGUCAAGAUUUCCAAGGCUAAACUAGAUACGUGCUCAGGUUUCUGGUAUUGUAAAGCACUUUUUUUUAUAGGUAUAAAAUGCCCCUCUACUAUGAUGUUUAAUCAAACAUGCCCCUUUAUUAUUUUUUACAUCAAACAUGCCCCUGUACUUUGUAAAAAUUAUCAAACAUGCACUUUUGUUAAAAUUUUCAUCCAAAAACAAUUAAUCAACGCCGAACUUUGGUUUGGACGACACACAUGUCUAAAAUAUCCCUAAUAAUUUCACUUUAGAAUUUUUUUGGUUCUUUUGUAUAGCCAAAUAAUUCAAAUAAUUUCACUUUGAAGAGACCCAGAGAAAUAAAACGGGGGACAAAACUGAUAUUUUUCCUCCUACAUGCCAAUGUCGGGUCGUCUAAAUCUCGGUUCAACCAUGAUUGAAGAUUUUUCAACGAAAUUUUAGCAUAAGGGCAUGUUUGAUAAUUUUGUCAAAGUAUAGGGGCAUGUUUGAUGUAAAAAAUAGUAGAGGGGCACGUUUGAUAAACCGUCAUAGUAGAGGGGCAUAUUAUACCUAUAACCUUUUUUUUUGUAAUGGCGAUGAACUUGAAUAAAUAAUGAAAGGGAAACAAAAGAAGCACUCCACAGGAAGUGGGAAAGUGCUGCAAGUUCUGACAAUAACGAAAGAAAAAGGGUUAAUAUCUUAGUUUGGCCCGCACUAUAGACAAACUUUCUACUUUGGCUCGUGGUAUCGGAAAUUGCUAUUCUGGCCUAAACUAUGUAGCAUACUUUCUUAUUGGGCCCGGAGGCGGGUUUUACCGUCAAAUUAGACUGUCAACCGAGUUGACCGUUAGUCAAGGUCCACCUCACUUGCCACAUCAGCUAUUAGGGAAUAAAAAAUUAAUUUUGUAUUUUGAAUUUUUUUUACUUUCUAAUAAUAAAAAUAAUAAACAAAAAAAUAAUAAUUAAAAAAGCUCCCCAAAUUAUUUUUAUUUAAUUUUAGAAAGUAAACAAAACUCAAAAAUUCAAAAAAUAAUAAUUUUUUAUUCCUUGCUAGGUGACGUGGCAAGUGAGGUGGACUUUGACUAACGGUCAACCGAGUUGACAGUCUAAUUUAACGGUAAAACCCGCCUCCGGGCCAAAUAAGAAAGUAUACUACAUAGUUUAGGCCAGAAUAGCAAUUUCCGAUACCACGGGCCAAAGUAGAAAGUUUGUCUAUAGUUCGGGCCAAACUAAGGUAUUAACCCAAAGAAAAAAAACCACAAAUGAAAGAACAAAAAACAAGGCAGCAGAGGCCAAAGAUCACAAAUCCAAAAGAAAAGCCACACUAGCCGACAGGUACUGUAAAGCACUUGAUUGAUUGAAAGGCUAAGGCACCAUCACCAACAAUACCAAGGUUCAUGAAGAUGAAGUUGAAUUAUUGUAGAAAAAAAAUAUAUAUAUAUAGUGGCUAUUUCGGUGCAUUCACUUUUUUGGGUGCACUUAGUGCACCAAACUCUAAAAGCGUCCAUAAUACAUCAAAUUUUGAACUUUAAUUACUACUCUCAAUAUAAUAUGAUGAUAUGACAUAGAAUCAUAACAAAUCAAUCCAUUAUCCUAACCCCUUAACAUUCAAUUUUGACUCCCAACCCAAAAUCCCAAAUUGUAAACCUAAACCCUAACCCUAAAUCCCUAAAUCCUAAAUCCUUCGAAUUAAAGUAAAUUUUGAAUGAUUUUUUUUUCAAAUUCAUGUGCUUCUUGUACAUAAUAUCAUAAGCAACAAUUGAUACCAUUUUGACAUGAAUCGCAUAGCCAGAAUGACAAUUAUGAGGCGGGUGCAUUGAGUGUAUAAUUACCAGGAGGGACUCAUCAUGGGUUUUCCUCUAUCAUUUGUCCUACGGGUAAUGCGUGUCGACCUUCCAUUGGUUCUUCUCAAUCUCUUGCGGUACCCAUACUUAGCUGCCACCUGUAUACAUGAUCAGCUCAUGGUUCUCAAAAAAAGGCUUCAUAAUGCUUGUUGUCUAUUUUUCAAACCGGCUCACAAGUCACAAGUGUCUCUGAGAAGUUCACCUUGCCGUGGUUUGGGUUCAGAAUGUUGUGCUGAAUCAGGUUCAGGUAUCACUUGUCAAAAUCGUGCAGCGUUACUGAUGCGAGAUUGUCCGAUUUAAACGAAGUCGACACGAAUCAGGUUCAAGUAUCACUUGUCAAAAUCGUACAUAAAAACUCAAUCUUGUGCUUCGCUGAAUAUAUAUGGAUUAUAUUCACGAAAGGGGAACGAGAAAGUUCAUCAAGUAAAAGUUAGCGUAUGUAACUUACCUCUCAAGGCUCCCAGUUCAUACCUAAUUAAGGACGAACGUCGUCGACGGUCAGUCCCACGUACACGUGUAACCGCCUAAUAGCGAUUACCAAAUUCUUCUAGGCGAGGGAAAAUUAUUUACGAGGGAGAAGCCAAGUGGGUACCACCGUAUCUUGAAAUGAACCAAUCUGGUCGGGACAAGUGUCGAACAAUCCAGCUAGCUUUGACAGUGACUAGUAACAGAACAGUGCCUCGCCUGGUGACGACGGAGGGAAAUGGUCGUCUGGACUCCGGUGCACCGAUAAAUAUUUUAGUAGGAAACGCCGGUGGACCCGAUUCCUCGUUAAUUAUUCAAAGAAUUAAUCGAGAAAAGCACAAAAAAAUUAAACUUUAGGUUAAACAGUGUACACGUAACGAGACAUAUUAAUUAUGAAAAGUCAAGAAGAAAACGCUAGGUUUUUCCAGGAGGGAAUGGAUUAUAUAUAUAAUUGUGUUAUGUCAUUAAUCAUACAUACUUAUGGCGGUGCAAAUGUCGAUUAGCUGUCUUGCCUAUAUUCAGCAGAUUUCGUCCAAUUCGUCAUGUGGGAUUAUUAAGGGCCGACCGAAUUAAUGCUGCAUUGCUACUGUAUUUAGUCUUGCAGAGGCUUCUUGAUGAAGACCGGCUUAACUAGACGUGCUAUCAUAAUCUCAACCCUAAUUUCUAACAACAAUUAAUUCAAUGACGUGGUUUGCAGUGAAAUUCAUUGGUAAUGCAUGUACCAAACAUAUGCCAAAUUCUGAAGUGGUGGAUACUAAAUUAAUUAGGUUUUACGUACCCUUUUUAUUUUUCUCUCAAUUAUCUAAGAUGCAAGGUGUUAUCCGCAGUAGCAGAGCUGCAUAGGGUUGCAAAUAAGCAAAACUGCUCACAACCGGCUCGCCGUUCGGCUCGUGAUGAUAAACUCGUUUGACACUCAGCUUGUUUACUAACGAGGCGAGGUUGAGCUAAAAAUCUUGUUCGACUUGCAACACUUGUGAGCCAGCUCGAAUCGGCGACUUAUUGAGUUCAACUCGUGAGCUAGGUCGUUUUGAGGUAUGAGCUGGCUCGACAGUAUGACUAGCGAGCCACCUCAACUAGCAACUUAAUUAUGAGCUAAUAGGUUAAUAGCUUAUCAUUGGCUUGUUGAUAAUUCAUAUGUUUAUUAGAUUAUAUAUCUCACCACCUAUGAUUUUUAAGAAUUUGAGUGCAUGAUCAUAUAUGUCUCAUUUAUUAUUUAAAAGAGAUGCAUCAUAGAUUACAUAAAUGAUAAAUACUAUU